AUGUUGUGGUUAAAAAAGCACAAUCCCCAAAUAUCAUGGGAAAAACAUACGCUUGUUUUCAACUCGUUAUAUUGUUCCAAUAAUUGUCUGUCUGUACCCGCUGUCUUAGAACUCAAGGCAGUAGAAGAAAUACCACUACCUUAUCAAGAAUUUUCCAAGGUCUUCUCUGAGGAAGAAUCAUCCAAAUUGCCACCCCACCGGCCUUACGAUAUUGCCAUUGAGUUACUUCCGGAUGCGCGACCACAACAUGGUCCCAUAUACAGUUUAGGUCGAAGGGAGGAUGCGGAACUUAAAGAAACCAUUGAGAAACAACUCAAAGCAGGUUUAAUCCGCCCGUCUAAAUCCCCUAUGGCCUCUCCCAUAUUAUUUGUCAAAAAGAAAAAUGGGAAGUUACGCAUGUGUGUGGACUAUUGGCGUCUGAACAGUAUGACCAAGAAAAACGUCUAUCCCCUGCCCUUGCCACAGAAUCUCAUCAAGAAAUUACAAGGUGCUAAGAUCUUUAGCAAAUUCGAUCUCAAGGCAGGAUACAACCUAGUCCAAAUCAAAGAAGGCGAUGAAUGGAAAACCGCUUUCAAAACAAAAUACGGACUAUUUGAAUAUUUGGUCAUGCCUUUUGGAUUAACAAAUGCACCGGCGGCUUUUCAAGACAUGAUGAAUGAGAUAUUCAGGGAUCUUCUGGAUGUCUACGUCAUCAUUUAUUUGGACGACAUUCUGGUAUUCUCUUUGAACAAAAAGGAUCACGAAGCUCAUUGGAAAUGGGAACAGGCGGAACAACAAUCCUUUGAUGGUCUGAAGAAAUGUCUUACAUCAGCACCUCUGCUUCUACAACCAGACACCACGAAACAAUUCUAUGUGGAAUGUGACGCCUCGGAUUAUGCCACUGGAGCGAUACUAUCUCAACGUAAUCUAGAAGGGAAAUUAGCCCCUGUAGCCUAUUUAUCUAAAUCCCUAUCCCCAGCCGAAAAGAACUACGAUAUCUUUGACAAGGAAUUACUGGCAGUUAUCAGGGCAUUUAAAGAAUGGCGCCACCUACUGGAAGGAUCAGAAUUACCAGUCCAAGUUCCAACGGAUCAUAAGAACUUGGAAUACUUCUCCACAUCACAAUCCUUGAAUAAACGACAGAUUCGAUGGGCAAAUUUCCUAGUGGACUAUAAUUUCCAGAUCAUUUACAGGCCUGGGGCACAGAAUAAGAAGGCCAAUAUCCUUUCGCGGCGCUAUGAUUUGGUACCCCUUGAAGGGGGGGUAGAGAACCAAGUUCUCCUGAAACCGGAACUUUUCAUUGCAUCAAUCACCCCGGAUCAAGAAAUCAAUGAUUUAAUUGGCAAAGCUAUUUACGAGGAUGACCGUCUAAAAGAGAUUCUGCUCAAACUCCAGAACAAGGAAAAGGUCUUGGAUUGGGAAUUAAGAGAAGGACUACUAUGGUAUCAAGGAAAAAUCUUUGUACCGAAAGACAAUACCAUUAGGAACCUUAUCCUAGAAUCUAGGCAUGACGCCUUGGCGGCGGGACACCCAGGACAAGCCAGGACAUUAGAACUUAUUUCCAGAAGUUAUUACUGGCCAUCGCUGAAAAAGUUUGUCAACUCUUAUGUCAGCCACUGCAAAACCUGUAUCAGGUCCAAACCAACAAAUCAAGUACCUGUAGGCUGCUAA